GGCUCCCUUCUCUGCCUGUCUCCCAAGGACUGGAGCAGCUAACAACAUUAUCCUGGCUUGGUGAGACGGACUUAAAGACAUCCUAUCACCCUCCUCCUUUUCCUCACUCUCUCACAAACCAACCUUAGUAACGUGCACUCUACCCAAAACUACCAACGUGAAACAAACAAGAAAAAAAAAAUUCCAAACCUCCAUUUUUUGUUUUAUUGGGAAAAAAAAGCACAUUAGCAAGAGAAAGCUGAAUCAUUCAAUCCCAGAGGAGCUGCCAACACAUUUACAGAAAAUAAAAGAAAUGGAACAGCUUAGUUGCAAACACAGAAGUAGCAGCAUGGAGGCAGAAGCCCAGCUCUGCAGGCAAACGGAGAGCAGGAGUACACAGCUGCCAAGGAUGUCAGUCAUGAGGCAUCUAUUCCUCCUCUCUAUCACCUUUCUGGUAUACACCCUAGACUCUGCUAAAGCCUACAGACCAACGGAGACCCUGUGCGGCGGGGAGCUAGUGGACACCCUGCAGUUUGUUUGCGGAGACAGGGGCUUCUAUUUCAGCACGAAUAAUGGCCGCUCCAACCGUAGGUCCAACAGGGGGAUUGUGGAAGAAUGUUGCUUCCGGAGCUGUGAUCUGGAACUGUUGGAAACAUACUGUGCAAAGCCAUCUAAGAAUGAGAGGGAUGUCUCCACUGCACCCGCCACAGCAAUACCACCAAUGAACAAGGACCUGUAUCACAAACAUCACCACACAAAAAGCUCCAAGUAUGAUAUCUGGCAAAGGAAGUCCAUCCAUCGGCUCAGAAGAGGUGUCCCUGCUAUUGUACGUGCUAGGCAGUAUCGGUUGCUCAUGCAGAAGGCUGAAGAAUCAGAGCAGGCACUAUUGCAUCGGCCCCUUACCACCUUACCCAUAACGCGGCCUCUCCAUCUGCAGCAAACCUCAGAACCUUCCCACAAUUGAACCAGGGACCUUUCACUAGAAGAAUCCCAUUGCCAUCAUCUUUUGUUUUUCUAACUUUUGUCAUCUCUGAAUGGGAGGGAAAUCGAGUCUGGCCUUACCCCUCUGUCUAUAUCUUAGGCCGAUGAACAGAGGUGAGCAUAUAGAGCUCCUUAUUACAACUCAAGGAGGAGAAAAAGGAGUAAAAGAAGGACGCCAAAACAGGAACAAGAUGUUUUUCUCGGGUACAUUUCUGUGGAUUUAUGUGUCCUGUUGUUUUUUAUUCUGCAUUUUAACCUGCAAAUCCAUCAGUGUAUGUGUACAUAUAUAUGCAAUUUCACUUUGUCUAUACAUACAUACACAAAUGUGCAUCAAAGGAAUCCAGAUGAUUCAGCACUUCAUGACUUUACCUGUGCACCGGAGCUGCAAAUGUUUUCAUUUUUUUUCCAUUUCAAGUAUUAUAUAUUUCCACCAAAAUACUUAUAAAUCGUGGAAAUGGUAAAAAAAACAUUCAAAAAGGGGAACCUUUAUCACCAAUGGGUCUAUAGUUUUUACCCAAUUUCACAUCUAUAAAGUCAUGCAGCAUUUAAAUAAUGAUGUCCAAAUUAAUUGCACCUUUUUUUGAAUGCCUGGAAAAAAUUCUAAGGACAUCUAAGUUUUUUUUGUUUGUUUUUUUAAGUUUGAGUGCUUUUGUGUCAAGCUGGACUGUGAUUUAAGAUUCUGCAGAAUCAUUGCAGCCCGUCUGGCACAGUGGGAGAUAAGCACAAGAGUUCCAAAUGUAUUUGCACCUUUUAAAUCAAUGAGAGUGAAGAAGGGGAAAUUAGACAGAAGGCUUUUUUUCAUAUUGGCGAGAGUGGUCUGCUUUGCACAUGUGCCACAGAUUACAAUGAUUUUAUAUAUGUAUAAUAUAUUAUAUAAGUUUUUUUUUUGCAAAAAAAAAAAUGUCAAGCACUAUUUUUUACGGGGAUUUUGUUUUUCUAAAGCAGCGAAAGACAGGUGAUUGGAUAAUUUAAGUAUGAUCGGCUAUGGUGCUAAAGUCAUGCAGAAGGUUAGAAGGAGGCGGGAGAUGUUGAGGGGACUUUAGAGGGUCAUGAAACAUGCGUCCCUUACAUGGCAAAAGUUUCAUGAAGAAGUUGAUGAUUCACUUUGGUCAGUUCAAGUGCGUGUUUGUCAUGUAAAGAACCCCUGUUGUAGCAUGAAAGCGACUGAUUAUAUACAGUGAACUUGAAAAAAAAAAUUAGGCUUUUCGUUUUAAGAAAAGUAACUUGUUUUGGUUCUUUCCUCUGAAUUGUGAAGAGGGUCUCAUUCAAAAUAUAAAAACACUCACCUCUGUCACCAAGAAAAGAUGAUAUUGUUCUACAGACUUCCACAGUUUCUACCUAGGGAAAGGGGAAUUGCAUUAGUCGCAAAUUCUUUUCCCACCGCCACCUAAAUGACUUAAUAUUAUUUGUGUUCUAGAGAACAUUAUGGAUCCUUUGGCUAUGCCGGAUCCCAUUUCCAAUCACCCAUAGCUGGUCCAAACUUAGAGCCCCCCCCACUGGAUAUAAAAUAACACAUAAGAUGGUGCCAGUAUGGCAAUAUAUCAAUAGCAGAGUAAAAAAGCAACAGAAACAUUUCAUAUCAUUGAAACCCAACUUGCAGUUUUUAAGCUGUUGUCAAGGCAGGGCUCCCAGGUCCAACUGAUUAUUAGACUGGAUUAUUAUAUAAAUAAUGAGCCUACUGCCAUUACUAAAGAUGGUCCUACAUUCACCUGUGAUCAUAGUGACAAUCUACUACAUCUAAAUAUGAAUAAAUGAUUGCUAGUGAGCAGAAGAGUCUGAUCUGAAGGUACUUGAAAAUCUGCACUUUUACUUGCUCCUGAGAACUGGAUUUGGGAAUCAGCCAUACGAAUGUGGCUUAAAAUAUUGAUAUGCUUAAACAAUCUAUCAAGUUUGAAAUGUAGCAUAUACAGUGGUGUUUAGCUAGAGCCUAAAGAACAUUUUACCACUGAAAUGAAUCCCACCAAUUACUUACAGUUUAGGGCACACUUAUGAAAUAGAUAUACCACUGGGGUGUAUAGUUAAAAAGCAGAUCUGAAGAAUGUAUCACAAGUAGAGCAAAUAUGUGUUCUGCCCUGUAAAUUUUUCUGUUUUAAAACUCGACAACCCAUUACAGGUCAUAGAUAGGCAUUCCGUUGCAGGGCUGCACCAUCAAUAGGGUUGGCAUGACUCUGUUGGAGGUUACAUUUCUGCAGAAGUUGAAAUGCUGAAUUUUAUUUAGGCAAAGAGAGGCAUUAGCUCUCCUAUGCGACAUUAGAGUAGUCUGUUAUAUUGGGUUUAUUACAGCUGAUCUUUAAUAUGAAGGUUUUUUAAGAUCUGCUUUAGGCUACAUAUUCCACACUGUGUAGUUAGAGGGCAAAGUAUCACCAACUCCAGUAGAUCAAAGCUCCACACCACUUAAGUGGUGCACAAUGUAACAACUACAAUACAAUACAUUCAUAAAUGAGAAUGAACAGCUGAUGAUGCUCAUACAAACCAUAAUAUGGAAAAUAUCAUUCAAAUUUUAUGCAGCUGAUUUCUUUACUGGUUGGUGAAGGCUAGAGAGAUCCAGACUGUUGCUCUAAUUCUGUGGAACAAUUACAUCUCCUUGCUAGAUCAUGCUGGAUGUAUGAGUUCAUCAAAAGCACUUUAGCCACAGGCUGGCUUUCCCUGGUGUAAGCAAACUUUAAGGAUUAGAUAAGUCUUUUAAUGAGCCAAAUGAUACAAUAUCUCAUUGCUUAAUGCCACGACCAAUCCUGUAAGUAGUAAUAUGAGUAUAUUGUUAUUAGCUUUUGCUAUUGAGGCAUUUAGGAGGAGGCAUUUAGCAUUGUGCCAUUUCAAAACAGAGCUGAGCAAUGUAGCACAUCUCUCUACAUCUCACUAACGUGUGAGUCCGUUUACCUUGCAAUGAUCUGAUCUACAUGAAAAUUAUGUAUUUUCACAUUGAAGCAGUCUGUGCUGCUUCCUUAUGGAGUAUCAUUUGUUACAACUAAUUUUAAUUGCCCUUCCUUGCCACAAGCAUUAUCUAUUCACCCACUACUAGCUGCAGUUCCUAGAGAUCCACAGGUAGCAUGUCUGUCACUUGGCAAGUUAAGUUGGCCUUUAGCACACAGAUUUUUGAUUUACACUUGGUGAGAGCAUUAGCUUUAUUGGGUGUUUUUUCUUUUCUGCCUUAAGAAGAAAAAAAUUGAGAAGGCUACUUGAAUUGUACAAAUUUUCAAUACGUUAAGUAGAAAUACGGGGUUGUUUGGGGAGGGUUCUACGGGUGGGUUACGAAGGGUGUAAUUGGUCUUUUUAUUUUGUAAUCCAUUUUUAUAUGAUAUUAAUAUUAUUCUCUUGCAAAGUUGAGCCAUGAUACUUUUUUUUUAAUAAAAACUGAAAAUUUUUAAAAAUUUAAAAAAAAAAUAAAAAUAAAAAAACAGACAAAACACAAUGCAAUAAGACAGACAUAAAGUAAAAAAAACAGCCUUAUUUAUUGAUGUACAAAAUUAUGAGGGCUUAGGGAAGAAAGAAAGAAAGAAAGAAAGAAAGAAAGAAAGAAAGAAAGAAAGAAAGAAAGAAAGAAAGAAAGAAAGAAAGAAAGAAAGAAAGAAAGAAAGAAAGAAAGAAAGAAAGAAAGACAUUGAAAGAGGGAGCAACUUAUUUUGUACUUUUAGUAUGUACUUUUUAAAGAUAAAUUUUCGUAAAUGCUUUGUACCAAAAGAGGUGUAAAAAGAAAAAAAAAAGAAAAAUACAGACUUUUUAUGGCUGUUUUUUUAAAAAACAAAACAAAAACAUUUUGCUGUCUUUUUCCCAUUUUUGCAAAAAAACAAAAGAAACUGAGAACAAGCAGGUGUUGUAUCCCAACAAGCAGGCCUGAGCCAUCUAAUUUUUUAUUUUUUAAACAACUAUUUUUGUAAGAACACAAUUAUAUUCAGAAACAACCAAAUGGUCCUUUUUAAUUUGACAUUCUCCAGGACCUUUACUAUACAGAGUAUAGUCUGACAGACACCGUGAUUUCUGUAAUAAUUGUAAAAGAUCGUCCUCACCUCAGGCCUUCUUGUUUGGUGAUCUGCAGAUAUUAAUCAUAUGCAAUAUUUAGUAAACUUAUUGGGGAACAAGCACCUCUGAGUCUACAGUUACACCAUUGUCAAUCAGUUCUUCAUGUACUAUAUCAUCAUGUAUCAGUUUCAUUAAACAGCAGUUCUGUUUUUUUUUUAUCAUGUAUCAAUUCUUCAACAACGCAAACCGCAUUCAGAUCUGUUGUUCACUGAAUCAUUUCAGGCUUUUCAAUCACUACCACUGCAAUUGAAAAUUCUUGUCACAGUAUUGUAUCAUACACUUUCUGCCUUACCGAGGAAUUAAGGACAAUAAAACAAACAUAUAUACUCGCUCAACUGGUUACAAAAUGUUCUGUUUUGGUAGAGCCAAAGUGCAGUGCCAUACAUUUCCAGAGGCUUCCACAGAACUUCUGUCUAAAGAGAAAGUUGUGCUCGCCGCUAAACGUUUUUAUUUUAGGGUAUAAAGUGGCUUCUGCACUUCCACAGGACUUGACCACCUGUCAACGGCAAGGUUGGCCUCUGCACUAUAUGAAGGAAAUGGUUUCUAUGCACUGCCACAGGACUUUUGGCUUUUCCGUGAAUAUAUGCAUAAAUGGAUGGAUUGUUUUACUGGCGAGCCAUGGGCGUCUGUGUGUCCUGGCUUGUCCAUAUUUUAUGUGCACUCUACAUAAUAUGCAAUUCAACAACCGCCCGGAUUCUGCACCUAUUGUACCUUUUUUUUAAAAUAUCAUAUCAAUAAAAUAAAUCUAUCAUACCAUAAGAAAA